AUGGACCAGUAUGAAAAGGUUGAGAAGAUUGGUGAAGGGACAUAUGGUGUGGUGUACAAGGCUCGUGAUCGAGUGACAAAUGAAACCAUUGCUCUGAAGAAAAUCAGGCUGGAGCAGGAAGAUGAAGGAGUACCCAGCACAGCUAUUAGAGAGAUAUCUCUCUUGAAAGAGAUGAAACAUGGGAAUAUUGUGAGGUUGCACGAUGUGGUCCAUAAUGAUAAGCGUUUAUAUCUGGUAUUUGAAUAUCUGGACUUGGACCUGAAGAAGCACAUGGAUUCUUCCCCAGAUUUCUCAAAGGAUCCCCGUGUGGUUAAAAUGUUCCUUUAUCAAAUUCUCCGUGGCAUAUCCUUUUGCCAUUCUCAUCGUGUCCUCCAUCGGGACUUGAAGCCUCAAAACUUGCUGAUCGAUCGAAGUACAAAUGCAUUGAAGCUUGCAGAUUUUGGACUGGCUCGAGCAUUUGGCAUCCCUGUCAGGACAUUUACUCAUGAGGUUGUGACAUUAUGGUACAGGGCUCCGGAAAUACUACUUGGAUCACGCCACUAUUCGACUCCUGUGGACGUAUGGUCAGUCGGUUGUAUAUUUGCUGAGAUGGUUAACCAACGACCUUUAUUUCCUGGCGACUCUGAGAUAGACCAACUCUUCAAAAUUUUUAGAAUCAUGGGCACUCCAAAUGAAGACAGCUGGCCCGGGGUGACAUCUCUACCCGACUUCAAAUCAGCAUUUCCAAAAUGGACAGCUAAGGAGCUGGCAAGCGUUGUUCCGAAUCUUGAUGCAGCUGGCCUUGAUCUCCUUAGCAAAAUGCUCAUCUUAGAUCCCAGCAAGAGGAUUACAGCAAGAAGAGCUUUGGAGCACCAAUACUUCAAGGAUAGCGGAUUCAGCCCAUCUGAAUUGUUUCAAUCAAUCGCCGUCAACCUUGUCGAUUUCGCCCUGAACACUGCCGACGUCUGCCCGUCGCACACCUUCAGUCGUCGAGAAAUCGCCGCCAUCGCGUGGCUCUGGCGUGCAGCCGCCGGCGUCCGCCAAUCAACUGCCUACAGCCAUAACCGACGACGGGUCUCCAUAUUCACCGAGAGAUCUCCUUCGCGACCGGAAAAACAUCAAAGAUGA